GGGCGGAGCGCUGAGCCGGACGGACCGCGGCGGGGCGGGCGCCAUGGCGGGGCCGCUGCUGCAGGCCUGGGGGCGGGGGGCGGCCCUGCGGAGCCGCGCCGCUCUCCGUCCGCUGGGGCUGCUGGCCCCGCCGUGUCGGGAGCUGGCGGGGCCGGGGGAGGCGGCGCUGGAGGAGAACCCCUUCUACGGGAAGUACCGGCACAAGAUCCAGGAGCUGCGGAGAUCCAGUCCAGAUGUGUUUGAAUCCCGUAUGGAAAAAAGACAUGAAGUGAAAAAGCAGCCCGUGGGAUAUUCCAGUCAAGGAGAAUUUGUCAGAUGCAUGGAGGAAAAGGCAGAUGGCUUGGGCACAAAGGCAUCAAAGGGAGGAUUCACAAAGGAUAAGACACUUGAUUCAAUUCUUAAUGUUGAGAUGGUGAAAGAAAAAUCAGCGGAGGAGAUAAAACAGAUUUGGAAUCAGUAUUUUUCUGCAAAAGAUACAGUUUAUGCUGUCAUUCCUGCAGAGAAGUUUGAUUUAAUAUGGAAAAGAGCCCAGAAAUGUCCAUCGUUUCUAUAUGCUUUGCCAAGAAAAGAAGGCUAUGAGUUCUUUGUGGGGCAGUGGUCAGGAACAGAAUUGCACUUCACUUCCCUUAUAAACAUUCAGACGCAAGGUGAAACUGCUCCUAGCCAGUUGGUCUUGUACCAUUAUCCUGAGCUGCAGAAGGAAAAAGGGAUAGUACUGAUGACAGCAGAAAUGGACUCCAAGUUCUUGGUGGUCCAUGAAGCACAGUGCUUGGCGAAUCAGGUGCAGCUUUUCUAUGCAACGGAUCGUUCCGAGACCUACGAAUUAGUGGAGACCUUCAAUCACAGAUCUAGUGAAUUUAAAUAUAUGUCAGUUAUAGCAGAGCUUGAGCAAAGUGGACUUGGAAAAGAACUGAGACCUGGUCAGGUUUCUGACAAGUCGUAGAGCCUGACCUGUGGGGGGAGCAAGCCAGCAGCAGGCAGGGGGUUUCCAAGGUGGGGUGGUCCUGUCUCUUUUGGUUUAUGAAUUUGGUCUGGAUCCAGAAAGGAUCUGGAGACAUCCUGGGAGCGUGUGGUAGUCAAGCCUGUGUGGCACUGAGGCAAGAUGAGGACUUGGGCCACUUGAAGGACAAUAACUAAUUGCCAGAGUGGAGCCCUGUACUUCAGUGUAACUUCUUCAGAAUGAGCCGUUUUCCUGUCCUGUUAGUGCUGCAUGCCGUAUUUUUGAAAUCUGAAAUAUUAAGUGACAGAACCAGAGCUAGUAAAUACACUUUAAGUGCCCUCUGCCAUUAUAAUUGCAUGGUCCAGUGCUUUUGAAUCUGUGUGGAAUUUAUACAGGCUUGUCCAUCAAGAAAAAAAGAUUGAAGGUCUAAAACAGACACCUCUUUGUUACUUUGAAUGUGAGGUUCCUUAUACAGAUGUAUACUGUGGCCUGUGUUUUUCUCAGGAUUAAAAAAAAUAGAGUGUAGACUAGAUUUGUUAUAGGAAUUUUGUGCUUCUUAGUUGACAUCAAUUUUAUCCUGUUGCUGUGUUUCUGUCUUAGAGAUGUUUUUCUUGAGGAUGAUAUUAUGAACAUGUUUGGGUUUUUUUGUAUAUUUUUACUAGUGUAGAGGAAUUACUGCCUGCUUCAUAGAAUUAAUUUUUCUCAAACUGGCAUCUGGUCUGCUAACUCUACAAAUGAUGUUGGAAGGGGCAUAAAAUAGCUCAUGUUCCCAUUUCAAGAAAGGCACUACCUGUAAUAAAAGCAAGGUGGACUGGCAUAGUAACAGAGAGAGCCACCAACCAGCUUCUCAAUUGCUAAGUGAUGACUUGUGAAGAAAAUGUAGUGGUAUAAAUAUGUAUAGCUGCUCUAACACAGCAAUGUUGGUAAGAUUCUGGCUUUACAGACUCCAGCAGCUUUGGUUUUUUAAACCUGUCUUCAACAAAAGAAUCCCAAAGCAUUCAUGCUUCGAGCUUCUCUUGUUUUCAUUCCCAGCAGAGGCAGCCAGCGCGUCUGUGGACAAGGGCAUACUGCAGCGGUACAGUGUGCAGCCUGUGCGUGGAUUCCCAGCAUACCACCAUUGCACAGGUAGACAAGGAAACAGGGGGGACAGCCAGGAGCUUCCCAGGAGCAAUGCUGCAAUAUUUCCCACAUCCACAUCAAAACCUUGGCACUAAUUCACCCUUAGUAUGAAUUAUCCAUUAUAUCCAUGCCACACUGUGUCUUCCCGUCAGCCUGCUGAAGCUAGCAAGCAUCCGCUCCUUUGCCAAAGACAUGGAGGCAAGAAGGGUAGGCAGCUUGUCUCUCUGUUAGAGGAAGACCGAUUUUUCGGCAGUGCUGGUAUCAGAUUUUCUGUGCUACCCUUAACCAUGACCUGAUACGGAGGUUUGGUUAGUUUUAAAGGGCUCUGACGCAAUCUGUUCACUAGUGUGAUUGGAGGGCCCUGGUGCCGUAAUACUUGCUGUCGCUCCAUACUUCCUCAGCCCAUCCUUUGGACAAGAACAUUGUUCAGGUCAUCACUAAAGGUGGACAGUAAGGUUUUAUUGUUGGGGUCUGUUUUAGCAGCGACUCGUACGCGUUGGGUGUGAGCUCCUGUCCAUUCAGGAAAUGACAAGAUGUUCUUGAAAGAGGCACAUGUUCUCUUGGGGCCUUGCUGCAGGGAGAUGGUCAUGCUCCCUAGUAAUGUCAUCUUUUUGUUUCUGAUUGUAUCGGGUCUGUGAGUGUGUGCAUACCAGGGGAAUAAUCAGAGGAGGUGUGGACAGGGCCGUGAUAAUCUGAACAGCAAAUCACCUUUAUUAAAGAGCCUUUCUACUUCUAUUUUGUAGCAUUUGUGCUCCAUUUAUCAUUUUCCCUUAGCUGAUACAAGGGCAGUUUUGAUUCAUUAUUCACUUCCUGGUUUGAAGAAGUCAAAGUUGCUAUAUUGAUUUUUAAUAUAGCUGUAAUAUAACAUCCCUGGGUGAGUAAUGAGCAACAGGAGUGAAAUUCAAGGCUUCCAAGUCUACACCUGAGCCUCUUUCUGAGCAUAAAAGACCGAAGUCUGCAGAGUAAGGCUGUAGCAAUCACUACCUCUAAUUCUGAGUGGGGUUUUUUUCAACCCAUCGUGAUUAAUCCCAAGCUAAGAACUCCAGGGUUUUAAGACAGACAGAAGUAGCAGAGACAAAAGGAAACAUUUCUUGGCGUUGCAUGAUUGGAAUGUUUCUUAAAUAAGACCUAAACUGAGAAGGCAAAGUUGAUCAAACUGCCUGCAGACAUUUUGUAAGAGAACUGCAUUUCUGGCCCUGGCAGAGGUGGAAUGGACUGAUGGAGGGAGCAGAGGCUUUUUUCUGCAGGUGUAUUCAUGUACCUUGAAGUGCACGCCGUAACACGUUUCCUCCUUGAGUCAGGGUGAGAGCGCUUGGCACAGAAACGACUGACUUGCUGUCAGUGAUCUGGUGCUGUAUUGCAUCUCCCUGAGGAGCAGAGGCACAAAGAGCUGGCUGGAUUUGUAUUGCAAUGGCAGGGACGUAGCUGAGGGUUUACAAAAUGGGAAGCUGCAUGUGCUCCUGGGAGGUAUUCCCAGAUCUGCUGCUGGGGACAGGGUUUGCUGCAGCCCCGGACAAUGUUCCUGCUGCGUUGACUCCGUGAAGCCAGUCUGAUGGACUGUGCCGCUAAAACACUGUUGUGAGUGGGGAAGCUUCAGACAGGUAUUUCCUACUGUGUUCCUGUAUGAUCUGUAUACAAAUUGCCAUCUGUAUUCCUACAGAUUAUAACAUCAUGUAGGAAUACAGAUUGUAAAAGCAGAUGGGCCGAUAUUCUGUGAUGCUGUAUCAUCAAACCAGAGGAUCUUGGUCAUGGAAAACAGUUGUUUCAAUAUUCAGUGGCUGCAAGUUUGACACUCUGUGAAUGAACUCCCUAAUUUGUAAAUGGAAAAGUGGAAACAUCCAGUACUUCUGGCAAAACAUAGGCUAAUGCAUGUGCUUGUGUUACAGUUAGGACUUGAACAGCACGCUCGGAUCUGUGCUGGCUGCUGCUGUGGUGGUGGUGCGGCUGAAACUGGGAUGAAGACCCAUCAUAAAAAGGUCCAAGAGAAACUCUAGGCUUCAUCCUCCAUCCCACUGAGUGCUUGCUGUAAGGGGGAGUAACUCAGCUGAAGAACUGGCCCGAUAAAGCAUCCUUACUGCAGAAACAGGCCAGUGGUGGUUCAUGGCUGCGUGGUUGCCCCAGUGCCUGGGACGCACUUGCGCAUCAACCAUGGUGCUGGCUGCCCGGCAUAGCCUUGGCACGGGUGGGCGCCUGCAAGCCGCAGCACGGACACGGACACCUGGCUCCAUCUGUGGCUUUGUGCAAACUGGCAGCUGUGCCAGUUUGAAGUCAUUAAAAACUCGCGUGGGUUUUGUGAGAUGUGAUGAGCUUAGGAUAUGUGCUGAGCCUAAGGGCUGGUGGAAAUGCUGCUAAUCUUCACGUCGGGAGAAGGUAACAGACUUGUGUGCUGUACAGCCGCUAGAGGGAAGGUUUGCCUCCUCGUUCUGAGCUGCCAGUGCGCACACAGCUUGCGUGAGCCUGUCUGCUCCGCGCGGUGAGCUCGGGGUGAGCUUUGUGCUAAAAACCAUGGUAGAUGCCCAGGCUGCUCCUAGAUGGUCAGCAUCGUGGUGGGCUGCACUGAGACCAGCGGCUGCCCUAGUCUGGUGGUCUAGAUCCUAGAUGAGCUGCCUGGGGGGGGGGGUGGGGGGGUGCGUGUGUGUGCAAACAUCCUUUUCCAGGUUGCUUUGCUGAUUUCCAGCUGUUUGUGGGCCAGGGUCUUCCUGAGCUGGAUGCAUCUGUCCUUAGCCAGUCCUAAAGUGGGCAUGUUCAUGGAGAGGCCCAGGUUUCCCUGUGGCCCCAUGUAGGCUUCAGUUCCUGCAGCAUCCUGUGGCAAGGACUUCACGGCUGAACCAGGUGCUGUAGAAACAACCUCCUUUCCUCAGGGCUGUCUGUUGGUCUGUCUCAGGCUGGAGGAGGGCCCAGGGCCAGGAAUGUGGGAGCAAGCAGUUCCUGCUAGGAGUAGUGGAGCGAGUUUUGCAACCAAAGCCUCUUCAUUAUCAGCAUCUCGAACCCCUUGGCUUGCGCACCCACCCCUGUCGCCCCAGGGAGAUGUACCCCCGUGUCAGCUGGAAACCUAGAGCCCAUCCUGCUCCCUGGGGAGACACCCUGGAUUGUGAAAGGCGGCCGUCACAGCAGUCAAGGAAGUGCAGAUUGAAAGAUGAUGUUCUCGCCCUCACUUAAAAUGCUGAGUCCAGUGCUUUUUCAUCUGUGCCCCAUCUUUUUUUUUUCCCCUGUGCCUUAGAAACUGGCAAGACUCCAGUGUCCUCUGAUUUGCAGCUGAGGAAGUUCUCACUCCCUAUCUCCUGAGCUUGCACAGGGCUCAGUGGGGCAGAGAGGGGGAACAGGCUGUUCCCGAUGCUGCAUAGCCAAGGCAGAUUUUUCUGGGCAUGUCCUUUGCCUCUCUGGGAAUAACCAGAGCAAACCCACGGCGCUUUUUGCUGUGUCUUGUCUGCACAGGCAUGCAGAGCCUUCAAACCCUGCCUGGGAACAAGCAUCUUCCUGGCUGAUGGGGUGCUGUGGUGGUCGGGUGCAUGGUGUGUGGGGCAUCGCGUGGCCAGGGAGAGCCUGGCCUGGUGCUGCAGCUGGUGGGGGCUUGCAGGGGGCUUACAGCACCCACCCCCCACCAGUGCAGCUGUGUCCUGCCAAGCCUGAAGCUGCAUCACCACCUUGGGCCUCUUUCCAUGACCGCCUGUGAGGUCUGAUGGAGCAGUCCAGCACUCCAGGCUUGCUUCCUUCCCUGCUUCCUUCCCCCUGAUAAAUUCAGUCAUGCACCUGCCUUCAGGAGUGGGGCCAACCCCCCCUUUUCCUUCCUCCGGGCCAGACAAAUGCCGUCUUCACAAUAACACAUCCCCCCUGCCCCAGUCCUGCCCCUCAGACUUUUUCCUCUCUUCCAAGUGACUCUUGCCCUCCCUCCCUGCAGCUGGGACCCUGGGUGGCUCGGGGACUGCGGGCUCUCUGCUCUGCGAGGUUUCCAAAACCCCAUGCAAGGGAGUAACUCCCUGAUGAGGAGGUGCCGCUCAGCCCCAUGGACUUGUAGGGCUGCAGCUGAUGCAACUUCAGCCCCCUGCUAUCUUCCAGGCCCCUCUCCUUUGGCUCCAGACUGCUGUGGGUGGGAGGACCCCAUCUCACCUCCAAGUAUUUUGGCUCUGUCUUGCCUGGAUGUAAAUCCUGGCCGUGAGUUCCUUUCAGGGUCUUUGCUAUACAGCCAAGCCCCCUCAGUUUUGGAUUUGUGCCCGUUUUCUGCUGAGGUUUCUGUUGAAAGUUUCCUCCUGGCUUGGCAUCAGCUGUCAGGAGUUACAUCUGCUCUGCAGACCUCCGCCUCCCGCUCGUGAGGUCCGAGGACAUUUUGUGGUUUCCUGCAUUCCUUGAGGAGAAGCUCAGACACUGGUGCUUGCUGGGUCCCUGGGGUGGAGAACAGUAGCAUUACUCGGCCCGUGUUGGGACCUGGCGCGGCUGCGAUGUGCCAGCAGGGAGCAUCCAGCAUUGGGGACACUCCCCCAGGUGCCAACAAAAAAUUUGCAGAGCCGCUGUUGCUGCCUGAACCUACUGGAGCCAGACAAGGGGCUGGUUUGCCAGUGACCGGGAAGAGUCUUCUGGGCUGCUUGAGCUGGAUCUUGAUUUUAGGGGUGUUGCUUCAACCUGAGGCUGGCUACGAUGACUGCGAGAGGUUUGCUCAGGAGCGGGGCAAGGCUGGGGGGGUAAAGGCUCUGCCUCCAUAAAGCAGUCUGCAGGUCUGGGGGUGGGUGUACACGCAGAGACGAGCUUUCAGGGUUACGGCUGUUGUACUGAAUCACCUGAGGGUCACGGCGGGAAGCAGCCGCACGGGUGAGUGUGACAGCUCGUGCUUCCCUCCUGCCUCCGGAGCCGAGUGUGCAGGGUGCUUCACCUCCGCGUUUUAUCUUCUCUGCAGAAACGUGCUGCAGGUGUGAGACAGCCACCUCACGCUGCAGGGGGUGCCCAGCAGGGGUGAAUCCCGCAGGUCCUCACGUGUCCUUGUCCCAUUUCCUGGCCCGUGACCUGCCCUUCAGCCGUGUCCCAAACAGUGACAGGAGAAGUCCAGAUCUGCAGGGAUGUGUCCAACUGGAUGCACAGCCUGCAUGGUGUCAGAAGCAAGCUGCUGUCCCGUGAAAGCCCGGAGCCAGCCAGCAGCACGGGGCCGUGCGCCAAAAAGGACCUCAGCAUCUAGGAAUGGAGCGUGGGUGUGGGUGCUCGCCGUGAGCGUGUGCCCGCCGUGGGGGCUGCCAGCCAGGCUUCCCGGCGGGUUUUCCAGGGACGUCUGGAGCUGACGGCGGGGAGCAGAAAUCGCAGUGAAGGGAUUUGGGGCUGGAAGCCGGGCGUGCCAGGGGAUGAGGCCUGGAGCUCCUGGUGUUUGGGAUUAUGGCUCUGAUGGUGGAGUAAUCACUCUUGGGACUGAGCCACAGCAGUCGGGUGCCACGGAGGCCAUCGGACACCUCUUUGCAGGACUCCCAGCAAGUCACUGGUGGCAGCAGCAAGAUUUCAGCCCCCAGGAAUGAGGUGUUCCCUUCCCCAAGCAGUUCCAGCAAGUUUGCACUAAGAUCCUCACCCGUCUCUUCCGUGUCUUUGUCCAUGUCUACAUCCACCACUUUGACAGCAUCAUCAACAUGGGUGCUGAGGCUCACGUCAACACCUGCUACAAGCACUUUUACUACUUCAUUAGGGAGUUCAGCCUCGUUGACCAUCGGGAGCUGGAGCCUUUG